AUGCAACAGCGAAUUGUAAUCAUUGGCUCUGGCUUUGCAGGCCUCUGGAGUGCUCUUGGGGCUAAGCGUCUGCUCAAUCUUCAUCCCGAGAUUGAGGUCGAAGUCCUUGUCAUUGCCCCAGAACCGUCACUCGUACUCCGCCCAAGACUGUACGAACACAAUGUGAAAGGAAUGAAAGUUGCCUUGGAUGAAGUAUUUCAAGCUACUGGAAUCCGCUUCAUGCAGGGAACUGUCGAGGCCAUUGACAGCGAAAAAGAUGUGGUCGUGGUUGUGUCCGAUGGAGGCAGCCGCUCACAAGUCUCCUAUGACCGCCUGAUCCUCGCGGCAGGCAGUCAGCUCUUGCGUCCUCAAAGUGUCUCUGGUUUGGCUGAACACACUUUCGACGUUGACACCUUUGAGGGAGCGAGUAGGCUUGAAUCUAGACUCGAGGAGCUACCAUCGCUCCCUCCAAGCCCUGCCCGCGACACCGUCGUCGUUUGUGGUGCAGGCUUCACAGGAAUUGAGCUAGCAACAGAGCUGCCAUCGCGACUGAAAGCUAUUUUCAAGUCUGCACCAGCGCCAAAAGUUGUCCUGGUUAACAAUGCCGACGAAGUAGGCGCUGAGCUUGGCCCGGGUCCACGCCCUACUAUCGAAAAGGCCCUGGACAGUCUUCACGUUGAAGUCAGAUCUGGUUCAGCAGUACAAGCCGUUGAUUCCACUGGUGUUACCCUAGCUUCUGGAGAACACAUCCCUUCCUUGACUGCUGUCUGGACGGCUGGCAUGGGGGCUACUCCCCUGACCGCACAAAUCGAUGGUCCCAAAGAUCCCAUGGGCCGUCUGCACGUUGAUCAAGAUCUGCGGGUUCCCUCCUGUAACAAGGUAUUUGCCACCGGAGAUGCUUGCCGUGCCCUUACUGGAGACAGCGACGGCCACCAUACCUUGAUGUCCUGCCAACACGCCCAGAUACUUGGGCGAUUCUCAGGGCACAACGCUGCGGCUGAUCUUGUUGGCGAACCAACUGUGCCUUACAGCCAACCUAACUAUGUGACCUGUUUGGACCUAGGUUCAUACGGGGCGGUUCUUACAAGCGGGUGGGAGCGCCAGGUCAUGGUUACAGGCGCUGUUGCCAAGCAGAUCAAGACGCAGAUUAACCAGUAUCUGAUUUACCCUCCCAAAGCGCAUGGAAAGAACGCGCUGGCAGAAGCGAUCCCCCAGAGUCCGAACUUCCUUGGCAGUUUCAAUACACUUUUGAAGAGGUGGGGGGUGUUGAAUUAG